GACGCUUCGUCCUGACAAGCGAGCACCUCUCGAUCCCAACAAACAAUCAUCAUCUUGUCGUAGGUUGGCUGUUGACCACGUUAAUGGCCGACCCUCUCAGUGUGGCCGCCUCGGUCGUCGGCCUUCUCGCGGCGGCGGGCAAAGUCGGCUCGGUGCUCCGCCAAUUCGUCGGCGCUGUCGCCGAUGCACCGCAAUCCGCGCAGGCCGCCCUCGCCGCUGUCGAAGAGAUGCAACUCGGCCUCGCAAUGAUCCAGGAGCUCAUUGACACUGUCUCGAGCCUGCCUAGCAGACGAAGGGUGCUAUUGCGCCUCGACCACAUCGUCAUCGUCCUCACAAACUGCGUCCUCACCAUGUCGGAGCUCGAGUCGCUCGUCUGCAUCAAGGCGGGCAUUACGGAUCGCUUCAGUUGGGUUGCGGCGGAAAAGAGGGUCAAGGAUCUCCUCUCACAGCUAGAAUCCCAAAAGACCUCGCUGUCUUUGAUGGUGACGGUGCUUUUCUGCCGGUCGGAGGUUGAAGCUAUGCGGAGUAGAGAGAGACUGAUCAUAGUCAUUGAGCGGAUCUUGGAGAGAGAUCCCGAGUUCGCGGCGCAUAUCCGGGGACUGGAGAAUAGUUCGACGGUGGAGGACCGUUCGGUACGGUUCGACGACAACGAUUCAAUUGCUACCUCGACUAUAAGGCCAGUUAAACCGUUCCCUGCCUCCGACCUUCGCAUGCUACCUCGUCCGUCAGUGCUGGGGGAGCUGGAAAUUCCGUCGGAAUCGAAGGUUUCUGUAGAAACCCGUUUCGAAUUCGAGGCAGCUCUCUGGAAGUCACGACCGUACUUGGGCAUGGAGUCUAACGAGUUGGAUGGUUCAGUGACAGAUUUGACCCUCAGAUCGCAUGCUUGGAGCUCACUGUCAUUGAACGACAUUUCUGUUAUUUCCGUCUUCCGUCUUCCGAUCACUUUGGACGAUAUCAACCCUAUCGCGCCCGACCUGACAUUUGCGACCCUCCUCCGUGGCUCGGGCCUUAAUAGAGGCUCGAACGACUCGAUGCGAGGACGAUCGGUACAAAGCAUGUUGUCUCAACCAAGAGGGAGAGAUGCUCCGAAGGCACUAAACAUGCCGGGGGUCUUGCACCCGUUCGCCGCCGCUCAGGUGGCGCCUAGCCGUCUGCGUGUACGACGGGCCGACGACGACAUUAGGGUUGUUGUAGUCGGAGAUGCCUCCACGGAGAAAACAGCAACAAUCAUCUCGUACACCACACAGACAUUUCCCAGUGUAUAUAUCCCAUCCGUGACCGAUGACGCCACGGUAAACGUCAUGAUGGACGGCGUGUCCCGUUCCCUAAGGCUCUCUGACACGACAGGCAAGGAGAUGUAUCCCCACCUUAGAAUGCUUGUUUACCCGCAGGCGGACGUCUUCCUUGUCUUCGCACGCGUUGGGAUCAAAUCCAGUUACCGAAAUAUCGAGAAUGUCUGGAUUCCGGAGAUUACGUACCUUCGUCCUGGGGUCCCAUUCGUCAUUGUGGGAAUCGGGAACCAGGACGGCCUUGAACUUGUCCGUGACUCUAUGUCACCAAACGAGCACUUGCAUUCUAACCCGGACAAGCCCCUGUUUUACGCCCGGUUGGGCGCGGAUUUGGCAAGGAGGCUUGGUGCAGUGAAGUAUGUGGAGUGCAGCAUCAACGCGCCGUUUCGUCUCAAGGCUGUUCUUGACGAGGCCAUCGUCGCAGCGCUGACGGCACCGGACCCGAAACGGAAAGACCGCAGGCGCUCCUUACGACCGGCUUUCUUAAGUCUCAGAGAGACGACGAAGGACGAAGAAUGAAUUGUUAACCAUACAGGAACCGCAAUGGAACCCUUCAAGCUUUCACAUUACACCCCUGUAGCACCUUUCAGACCGGGCUACCUGCUAUCACUGCGCCACCG